AUGGCUUGCGGCUCGGGCUGCUGCGGAUCGCCUUCUGAGCCUCCUCCCGUCAAGGACAGCUGCUCUGUUGAGCUUCCGGAGCAAGAAGAUCCCUGCUGUGACGGCCAUGUGCCCGAUGGCAACGCUGAAGAACUCGACAUCAUUGAUGAUUGCGGCAAGCUGAACAACGACCACAGUAGCAGCAACGAGGACGAUGAUCAAUCAUGCCAGGACUCGUGCUGCGGUGAUUCAGAAGACGAGCUACAAGAUGAGUCGGCUUGCCAGAACAUGGACAAGGCUGCCAAUCUCGAGGACGACUGCUGCGCUCCCCAACCCAGCUGCAACAAGGGCUGCUGCUCCAACGAAGAGAAGCCAUGUCCAGAUGAUAAGCCAGCACCAGACUGCUGCGAGGGCAAAAUCUCUCCAUGCUGUGACCAAACCUGCCUCGAUCGUCUCGCGCUCCGUGAAUGCCAAGGUCUCGAGCCAGGCCAAGGCAGCGCCAGCAAGUCUGCCUCCAGCUGCACUCGAGGCAGAAACGGAAAAUCAUGUGAAGGCCAUUCUCGCAAGAUUCGAGACAUGUACAUCGAGAAGCUUGAGGCGCUUGGAUGCAUCUGCCGAGCCCUCAUCGCCCUCGGUCAGGAAUCCUGCUGCAACCCUCGACGCCGUUCAGCCGGAGCAAGUGUACGAAGCCGCUCAAAUAAGGCAGCUUCCUCACGUUCACGUCGUUCUAUUGACUCAUUCUGUGCUAGUGGGGCUGAUGCAAACUGCUGCUCCUCCAAGAAGCCUGCGGCAACGUAUGGCAAAUGCAAGGAUACAGGCGAUGGCCCAGUCAAGGUGAAGGCUUCCAGCAUCUCAACCUCUUGUGCCGACUCCUGCUGCGCUGGAAACGAACCUGGUGUUUCUGCCGGACAAUCAACCAAAGUCCUGUCUGACAUGGCGCGCGAAGUCGAUGUCGAAAAGACUGCAUUCUCUCACGACGAGAAAGGACAUGUCAUCUUGAGCAUUUCGGGCAUGACCUGUACCGGCUGCGAGACGAAGCUGGUCCGCAGUCUUGGCACCCUCCCGUCGGUCAAGAACCUAAAGACCAGCCUGGUCCUUGCGCGCGCUGAGUUUGACCUUGUCGGCCGUGCUGUUUCGGUGGUUGAGGUGAUUAAGCACUUGGAGAGGACUACCGAGUUUAAGUGUGAAAGGAUCUCAAACCAAGGCUCUAGCCUUGAUAUUGUAGUUCCUGCUGGUGGUGCGGCUGCCUUUGUCAAUCAGCCCUGGCCGUACGGCGUUACCGAAAUGAAGGUCGUCGAUGAAAGAACAGUCAAUAUCAGCUACAAUGCUGAUCUUAUUGGUGCAAGAGAUCUCAUCGAAAGCGACUGGGGAGGCAGUCCGAUUCAUCUCGCGGCAAACCGCCUCGACCCAUCACUCGAGACUGGCAAGAGACAUGUUCGACAUAUUGGCUACAUGACCCUGCUUUCAGCCGGCCUCACCAUUCCGGUCCUGGUCAUGGCCUGGGCCCAUCUUCCUGAGCAUGAUCUGGCAUACAGCUCGGCAUCGUUGGCUUUGGCAACACUCGUCCAGUUCAUUGUCGCCGGUCCAUUCUAUCCAAAGGCUCUCAAGGCACUCGUCUUUUCGAGAGUCAUUGAGAUGGAUCUUCUCAUCGUUCUCAGUACCAGCGCGGCUUACAUCUUCUCGGUCGUCUCCUUUGCCUACCUGGCUUCGGGUCGCCCCCUAUCGACUGGUCAGUUUUUCGAGACCAGCACUCUCUUGGUGACUCUCAUCAUGGUAGGCCGCUGGGUGGCCGCCCUGGCUCGCCAAAAGGCAGUGGAAUCCAUCUCGAUGCGAUCUCUGCAGAGUCCAACAGCCGUCAUUCUGACUGAUGAGGGAGAGAAGGAGAUUGAUGCCCGCCUCCUUCAGUAUGGAGACAUACUCAAAAUCGCCCCUGAUUCAAGGGUUCCAACCGAUGGCACCGUCAUCUCUGGCUCGUCCGAGGUCGACGAAUCUAUGAUGACCGGAGAAUCCAUGCUGGUCGAGAAACAUGCCAAGUGUUCAGUCAUUGCCGGAACUGUCAAUGGCUCAGGCAUGUUACAUGUGCGGCUGACGCGCCUCCCUGGCGACAACACGAUCAGUACCGUCGCCAGCAUGGUAGACGAGGCGAAACUGUCGAAGCCAAGGAUCCAAGCCGUAGCCGACCGUGUGGCAAGCUACUUUGUCCCCGCCGUGGUCGUCAUUACCAUUGCUGUGUUCUGUAUCUGGAUCGCCGUCGGCAUGAGGGUCCGAGGGCUACCUGCAAACGAGGCAACAAUCCAAGCAGUCACCUACGCAAUCACUGUUCUGAUAGUGUCCUGUCCCUGCGCCAUUGGAUUGGCGGUCCCUAUGGUGGUGGUCAUUGCUAGCGGCGUUGCAGCCGAGCGAGGCGUUGUCUUCAAGUCGGCAGAAGGCCUCGAGGUUGCCCAUAAGACAUCGCACGUCGUCUUUGACAAGACUGGAACCAUAACAGAGGGCAAGUUGGCAUUGAUGCAAGAAUGGUAUGCCGACGGUGAUCAAACUAUUGCAAAGUCGCUACUUCUCGGUCUUGUAGGGAAUAUCAAGCACCCGGUGUCCGCCGCGAUAGCCUUGCAUCUCAAACAUCAGGGCGUCUCACCCGCGUCUAUAUCCGACGCAAAGGCAUUGACAGGAAAAGGCGUCGAAGGAGUGGCAGGCGGAUCCGGAUUGGCUCUUAAGGCAGGCAACUCACGUUGGCUCUGCCUCGAGUCUCACCCGACUGCGCAGUCAAUGCUGUCUCGUGGAUAUACCGUCUUUGGCUUCACCGUUGGCGGGUCUCUCGCUGCAAUUUUUGGCCUCCAGGAUUCGAUCCGGUCUGACGCUGGCUCUACGGUCCAGAGUCUGCUUGAUAACGGCAUAUCGGUCCACAUCCUUUCAGGAGACGAUGACGGCGCCGUACGCUCUGUUGCAACCCAGCUGAGAAUCGCCGAGGCAAACGUUCGUUCCCGCUGCACCCCCGUCGACAAACAAGCCUACAUCCAGGAACUCCUCCAACCCAAGACCGACGGUCGCAACAAAGUCGACAAGUCCAAGCAACCGGUCGUCAUCUUCUGCGGCGACGGAACCAACGAUGCAGUCGCCCUCGCCCAAGCCACCAUUGGCAUCCACAUGAACGAACAAGGCACCGAAGUCGCCCAAUCCGCAGCCGACGUCGUCCUCAUGCGCCCCAGCCUCGCGGGCGUCCUGACCGUCAUCGCGGUGAGCAAGAAGUCGAUGCGGAGAAUCAUGUUCAACUUUGGCUGGAGCUUCGUGUAUAACCUGUUCGCCGUCCUGCUCGCCGCGGGCGCGUUUGUCGAUGCGAGGAUCCCGCCCGAGUAUGCGGGCUUGGGCGAGCUCGUGAGCGUUUUGCCCGUCAUUGCUGCGGCUACGUUGUUGAGAUGGUCGAGGAUCUAA